AUGAAGUCCAUCGCCAUCCUUGCCGGCGCCGUUGCCGUUGCAGCUGCCGAUUCCUACGGCCAGCCUAGCUACGAGACCCCUUCCAGCUCGGCAAAGCCAGCUUACACCACGAUUAACCCUGGCUAUGGACACGCCCCAGUCACUGUCACCAAGCAGUACCAGGCUGUCCCUACCUACGAUGCGUCUGGGAAGAGCUCUGAGUAUCUCUGGGUCUCCACUGUCAUCAAGGGAUGCAACGGUGAGCCAGUGACUAUCACCAAGACCAACCAGAAGGUUGUGCUCUACUCGACCAAGUCCACGGCUACCCGCUACAGGACUGAGCCCGCUGCUGGAUAUGCUGCCCCCACCGGAUACUUCCCCAAGAACAGCACUGCUACUCCCGUCGUGAAGCCUUACUUCGAGUUGUACGAGAAGGUCCACGAGGCCAAGUACAAGGAUCUCGGACCAAAGGCUCUUCCCGGCUACAAGGGCAACAAGCUCUACAAGGGCAGCAAGGACAAGCAGAAAGUCACCGUCAAGGAGUUCGAGAACGGCAAGUGGAACAAGUAUGUCCAUACUUUCGACUACGGCGUGCCUAAGCCAUCCGCAACUACCUUCGCGACCCCCGGCGUUUACACCAUCCCGGCCUACGAGAAGACCAUUACCAAGUACGAGACUGUCGCUGCUGAGACGACUUACACUGCUCAGUUCGGUGAUUCGCUCACCUAUGGUGGUUACACCAUAACUGUCACCGAGACCGAGCCCACCACCAUCACUACUAAGGUUCCCCAAAGCUACCAGACUGAGGGUACCAAGACCAUCACCGUCUACAAGACUGAGGUCGUUACCUGCACUGGUGCUGGAGAGUACGAGGUUGAGAAGCCCACCACGACCAAGUUCGAGCAGCCUACCACCUUCGUCUACCCCACCACCACUGUCUACCCUCCUGGUUUCUACCACCACGAUGCUGAGACCGUCACUGUCACCAAGUCUAACGAGCCCUAUACUUGCAAGUUCCAGAGCACCGACAAGCCCAGCUACCCCAUCUCCUCCACCACCAAGGGAUACAACGGCUACCCAACUUCUUCUUAUGUCCCUUACCCUGUCUCCUCUUCUACCAAGGAGUAUGAGACCUACCCCUCUUCCUCCUCUGCCCAGGAGUAUGAAACCUACCCUACUUCUUCUUCCACCAAGGAGUAUGAGACUUACCCCACCUCUUCUUCUACCAAGGAAUAUGAGACCUAUCCUACCUCCACUGCCAGCGAGUAUGAGACCUACCCUACCUCCACUGCCAGCGAGUACGAGGUCUACCCCACUUCCACUGCCAGCGAGUAUGAGGUUUACCCCACUUCCACCGCCAGUGAGUAUGAGGUCUACCCUACUUCCACUGCCAGCGAGUAUGAGGUCUACCCAACUUCUACUGCCACUGAAUACGAGACCUACCCCUCCGAGACCCCAUCGAAGACCUCUCCUCCCGUUGCCGAUCCAUCUUCUGAUUACGAGGAGCCUCUCGAGAACUACGGCACCCCCAACGCCGGAUACGUCAAGCGUGGCGGUCUCAUCGAGCGCCGCAAGGCCGAGCCUCAGGCCAAGCAGGCUCUCAACAGGCGCGUCAUCCUUGUCUAA